GAUUAUAUAUACUCCCCCACUUCCCCUUCUCCUUUCUCUGCAACUGCAACUGCAACUCCAACGGCAACCAAUUUCCACUUUCCCUUCAAUUUUCCCUUCCAUUUUCUCACCUCCCAAACGCUCCUUCUUCUUCCGCCAUGGCUUCCCCUCCGCGCUUCCGAAUAGGCUACGCCUUCUCCCCCAAGAAGGAGCAGACCUUCAUCCUCCCUUCUCUCGUCGAUUACGCCAAGCUCCACGGCAUCGACCUCGUCCGCAUUGACCCCCGUCUCCCCCUCCUCCACCAAUCCCCCUUCCACUGCAUCAUCCACAAGCUCUACGACCAGUCUUGGGUCCAGCAAUUGCGGGAUUUCGCUUCCCUCUACCCCGACGUCGUCGUCAUCGACCCGCCGGACCAAAUCUCCCGCCUUCUCCAUCGCGAUUCCAUGCUCCAGGUGGUCAACCAGAUCACGAUUCCUCACGGGGACGAGCGGAUUGAGGCUCCCAGGCAGGUCGUGCUCCAUGAUUUGGAUGUGGUGGCCAAGGAUGGGUUACAUGCAUUUAGGGAUUUAGGGCUCAAAUUCCCGGUGAUUGCCAAGCCCUUGGAGGCCGACGGGAGUUCGAAAUCGCAUGAUAUGUGUUUGGUGGCGAAUGACAGCGGAUUGAAGAGACUGAGCGCUCCGAUCGUGCUGCAGGAGUUCGUGAACCAUGGCGGAGUUGUGUUCAAGGUGUAUGUGGUCGGGGAGUGCGUGGUGUGCGUAACGAGGAAAUCGCUACCGGAUAUAGCGGAGGAGGAGCUGGAGAAGUUGGAGCCCGUGUCCAAUUUUUCGAGGAUAUCGAAUUCAGCAGCUCCAGGCUAUGGGGAAACUGAGAGUUUCGGCGGGAAUGGAGAGGGUAAUGUUGAAAUGCCAUCUCUGAACUUUGUCAUGAAUGUGGCGGCAGGGUUGAGGGAGGCAAUGGGGCUUACGCUUUUUAACUUCGAUCUGAUUAGGGACAGUAGAGAUCAGAACAGGUACCUUGUGAUUGACAUUAAUUACUUACCUGGGUAUGCCAAAAUGCCUAACUAUGAGCCUUUCUUGACAAAAUUUUUCUUAGACGUUGUUCAUAAACGGACUGCUGGGGGGGACUCAAAUUCUUCCUAUGUAAAUGAAAAUGAGGUAGUGUUCUGUUGAAUGUGACGGGUAGUAAUCAAAUAAGAGUAGUGCUUUGGUGAUGAUAUAUGGGAUUUACUUGGAAGGGUGGAGUGUGGAUGGUAUUUAUAUCUAUCAAUCUGGGAGAGGAAACUUUCCAAAGCUGUUCUUUUACACCCAUUAGUGAGUUCAAUCAGUUGAUCUUAUUAAAAUGAUUGGUGUGCCUCUCUUGUAGAGCUUUUUUCUUCCACUGUUAGAGGAUGCUUUACAAGUUACAAAUUAUUA